UCAGAAUAUCCCUCUCUACAUCAUACUAACAGUUAAAUUAAAGGUGAAUGUGUAAUGUUAUAUGUAAAGGUAAUUGCUGUUGAGAUCGGUCUGUACAAUACUAUAUGUACUGCUGCUUCUGAUUUAUGAAACAACUGUUCUGAAGAGAUCCUAAACAGUCAAACACUCUACUAAUAGACACAUUUUCUUCACAAUAUUUAUAUUACUCUUCCAGCAUCCUCUAUACAGGGGAAGAGCAGGCUUGAAGGCACAACCAAACUUGCUCAACUGUGACAUCAGAGGGUGCAGCGCUGAUGUCACACUGUGCCCCAGGGAUGAAGUCAAGUGACAAAGUGGGGUCCCCAGAGGGCUCAGCGCUGAUUUACACAGAGUGUUAUGGAUCUAGUCGCACCCAUAGGUACCUGGAGGGAACUAACGGCAGCCUUGUGUGUGAGAGGCACCCUACUGAGCAUGGAUACCGCUCACUGAGAGACUUCUUCGUGUCCUUGCUUCUCCCCCAUGGGUAUCCAGACAGUGUCAGUAAGGAUUAUCUGGCGUAUCAGCUGUGGGACACUGUACAGGCAUUCUCCAGCAGUGUAACCGGUUCAUUGGCCACUCAGUCCCUUCUUCGUGGAUCAGGCGUUGGGGACAGCACUGCCACUGUAGCAGCCGCAACAAUCACAUGGAUCCUUAGAGAUGGUACAGGAAUGGUCGGAAGAAUUCUCUUUGCCUGGAUGAAAGGGAGCCGACUUGACUGUGAUGCGAAAAGAUGGAGGCUUUUUGCGGAUCUUCUGAAUGACAUUGCUAUUUUCAUGGAGAUCAUGGCGCCGGUCUUCCCCUCAUUCUUUACACUGACUGUGUGCGCAGCAGGAGUGUUCAAGUGCAUUGUGGGAGUGGCAGGGGGUGCCACACGAGCUGCUAUCACUGUCCACCAAGCAAAACGGGACAAUAUGGCUGACGUGUGUGCCAAAGAUGGAAGCCAGGAGACCCUGGUUAAUCUCGCUGGUCUGCUCAUCAGCCUCUUUCUUGUGCCGCUGGUAUCAGACAGUAUAAUGGCGACCUAUUUACUCUUCUUCCUCCUGACCUCCCUUCACCUUUAUGCCAAUUACCGAGCUGUCCAAUCUGUCAUCAUGGAAACCCUCAACCAGUCAAGGCUCAGUAUUGUGUUGCACCAUUAUCUGACGGAGGGGAAGAUGCUCGAUCCGGAGGCAGCAAAUCUCCAGGAGCCACUGUUACCGGGUUUGGGCUCUCAGGCAUCAGUCAGUCUCGGCGUCCCUCUGAAUUAUCUGGUGUCCAGUGUGUCGGAGCUUGAGCAGUUAAAGAAAGAUAACCGUUCCCUAUACCUGCUGGGCUGGAGAAAAGAUACAGGUGGUUUGUCUGUGGUGUUACAUGAGGAGGCUUCCAGUGUGGAUAUGAUCAGAGCCUGUGUCCAUGCCGAGAUGCUUUACAGGGAAACCAGCAGCUCAGCUCAUCACAGAUCUGGCCGUUUUUCCAUGCAGAAUAUGCUUUCUGCUCUGCAGUUGGUCAGGGGACAGGGCUCUCACCAUUGCACAGGCUCCGAACAAGAUGGCCGCUUUGUUGCCUUGGAAAUGACUCAUGACCAGAUCGACAGAAUGUUCCCCAAAUUUCUGCAAGGUCUGACCGCAUCAGGAUGGGUGACCAAUCGCAAUUUAUUGGACUCCGAUGACUGGAGAGCAAACUGGCAUGUGAAAAAGCAGCAAUGAGCAAUGGAGAUGCCACAAUGAAAUGACAUGUUGGAGAGACGGCAACAUCUUUGUGUUCAUAAGGGACCUAACGAAUCAUACAGAAGAAGAGGAAUAGACUGCUUCUCUGAGUUAAGGACCAAUCAGUGUCAGGCUGAGACUCCUGCAGCCAAUCAGAGUGCCUGACAUUGACACUGUCACUUAUUCUGACAGUAUUAAACAUAAUAGGUGCCAUAUAGACCUUUGGUGCAAUUAGAGGACUGAUAGUCUUGGGCUGGGUGAUUCUCUGAUACUCUGACAGGCCAGUCCAACCUUGGACCCAAUCACUGUGUAAAAGAGACGACCAAACUGCUGCUGAGAAGAGAGACAAAGAAUCCUGGUUCCCAAGUGUUCUGCUCUCUGCUACAGGGCAAAACUAUAACAUAGCAGCCAGUGUUUAUACACCCAAAGUCUCGCCAGUUUAGGCCACACCCUUGUUACACCCAGACAUGGUGCUUUAUUUCUGGUUAUGGUCUCCUGUUCCUUUUUCAGGGGUGCGCAUGUUGGGACUGUACCUCUUAAAUUGGGCCAUUGGGGGGUAGGCAAUAUGAGGGAGAGGGCCCAGACAGACAGGGCCAUGUUUUAUAUAUACCGAAAAUUAUCCACUGCCAUGUUUUUUAUAUAGGCACCCACGGGCCUACUGCUUAUGGGGCAGCUAACGGGUGCCUAUAUAUUAACAAUGCACCGAAUCCAAUUCAGCCAAAUCCCCAAAUCCUUUGUGAAAGGUUCAGACGAAUACCGAUCCAAAUCCUAAUGUGAAUAUACUUCCUUGUUUAUUGAUGAAAAGUCACGUGAUUUCCCUUCACGUCCCCUAAUAUACACAUGUGGAUUCUGCUUGGCAAGGCACAUGGCUUCAGCCGAAUCCUAAUCCUGCUGAAAAAGGCAGAAUCCUGUAUAUAUAUAUAUGUAUAUAUGUGUAUAUAUAUGUGUAUAUAUAUAUAUAUAUAUAUAUAUAUAUAUAUAUAUAUAUAUAUAUAUAUAUAUAUAUAUAUAUAUAAUUUAGCAGAUGGACCCGCACUCCUUGUAUCGUGAAUUUUCAAUGCAUAUCCAUAUAUAAAAGCAAUGUAGAAGGACUUUGAGCAAAAUAAACGUUUGGAAGAUUGA